AAGUAACGAAGUAAAAGAAGUAAUAUGUAAAUGUACAGAGGACACUUUAUGAAACAGGACGUAUUAUGAAUAUCCGACAACACACCUAUCUGUGGAUUGCAUGUUUGUUGUUUUCCUGGAAAUAUGGACAAGUAAUUGGAUUGCAAACGAAAAGGAACACAUGGAAAAAAGCGGUUUUAGAUUGUUAUGGGUAUAACUACUCUUUGGAAAGCAAUGUAAAUGUUCUCAAAAAGUACUUGAGUAAUCAUACUGGAGUGGACAGUAUUUGGGUUGGCGGUUUUGAAGCCUUACUUCCUUGGAUUGAAAUAAGAGGUUGUUAUAGUAUACCACUUACAUGUAACAGCUUAGAAAGAGAUGAGAUGGUUGCUAAAAAUUCGGCCUUGUGUCAACUUAAAUGCAUGAAAAGACAAUAUUUUGCUUUUAACCAAAAAAAUGAGAGAUGUGUGUGUUUUGAUGAACAUGAAGCAAUGAAGCAAGAGAGUGACAAGGCAAAUUUAUGUCAAGAAUGUAAACACCAAAGAGAUUGUGAUUUAUAUGCUGUUGUAUACAAAGUUUUUCAUGGACAAAUUAGUGUAGGGGGAUAUCACCAUGACUGCCUCUCGUAUGAAUGCAACUCUGAAGGUGCAGAUCCAACAUUUAAUAAGAACAGAUGUUCAGCAUAUUGCUUACCUUAUUGUCGGGAUGGGCAAAGAGCUGUAAAUGAUGAUUAUCUACAGUUCUCCAAAUAUCGCAUUACUUGUGAGGAAGAACAUUUCACUUAUCCACUACUUCAUUCUGGGAAUCCAGUUAAACUCUGUGAUGUAUCAAAAUCCUUUCGACCAGGAAUAUGCAUUUGGGUUGGUGUUUACAGACAGAGACUGGACAUGGACAAUUUAGAUAAAACAGUCCUUCAAAACUUCAACAACAUUGCGAAGUACAUUUUACAUUGCAAAUCUUUAUCAAUGAAUGGUGGAUUGGUGAGAACCAAAAAUUGCAGCGAUAAACUUCAUUACAAAUGUACUCAAGACAUUCCCAUGGAUUUUCAAAAGGAUCUAAUCUAUAAUUCUACUACAACACCUGUUUGUCGUUCGAAAGACUCUGGCAUAGGAGAAACAGACAACCAGAGCUCAGGUAUAAUUGCUGGAACCUUAACGUCUACUUUUGUGAUAGUAGUUGCAGUAGUUGUAAUUGUGAUUAUUUAUAGGAGAAGGAUACAAUGA